GCUCAAUACACAGUCAUCGACAUGUCUGAUAACGAAGCCAAGGGCGACUUUGGCGACGCCUUCGAGUUUGACCAUGAACAGGACCAAGAGGGGUUUGAUCAACAAGCUGAAGCUGAAACAACUAGCGGCGAACCACAACAAGAAUCAGGACAGUCUAACGAAGCCCAGCAGUCGGAUAAUGAGGAAUACGACGAAAACCUUUACUCCAUAAAAGCACACAAGCUUGAAGGAGAAGGAAACGCAAAAGAAGUGACUCAGAAGAAGAAUGUCCGUAAAACCAAGAGAGAUAAUGAUACGGGAGACAGAGACAUAUUUGGUCAUGAUACCACUCUGUCGGUGCCCCAAGAUGAUUACCUCGAUGACGUUCCCGAUUUCAGUAAUGAAGACCCUCAAGCCAGAAAGAGAAGAUUGUUGGAAGAAAAGAUGGAAAAUGCUGUCAAGACGAAGGGUGUGAGACGUAGAAAGGCCGAUGAAGAUGACUUGGAAAGAAUGCAGGACGACAAAAUUGAUUCAUUGAAGGACCAAAUGAUCAGAGCUGCCAACUUAGACGUUGAAAAGAAUUCACAAGGACAGAUCGCCACCGAAAAGCUCAAAUUAUUGAAGCCAGUGCUUGAUAUCUUGUCCAGAGCCGAUUUGGCCAUUUCGAUCUUGGAUAACAAUUUAUUGGAAGCGGUGCGUUUAUGGUUGGAACCAUUGCCCGAUGCAUCUAUGCCAGCAUAUCAAAUUCAGAAGGAAUUAAUCUACAGGUUAGAUACCUUGCCAAUUAAAACAGACCAUUUGGUUGCCUCAGGAUUGGGUAAGGUCUUGGUGUUUUACCAAAGAUCCAAAAGAACUGAACCAAGUCUCAAGAAGAUUGUUGAUAGACUUAUUGGUGACUGGACCAGACCUAUUUUAAACAAGUCGGACUCUUACAAGGAUCGUACCAUCCAAUUCAAUGAGUACAACAAGCACAAAUACACCAACCAAUUGGCUUCAGCCAGAAGUGCCAAACCAAAGGAGGUCAAGACGUUAUACGAAGAGAACGCUGCUAGAAGAAAGAGAGCAGCCAUUCCUAGUGCUAGAACCGCAGCAUACAAGAUUGCCCCAAGAGUUGAUCCUAAUAUGUUAAGAAGACAACAAGCCAGAGGAGGUGGUGCAGGUGAUGAAAGAUUCAGAAGAAUCAAUCAAAAGUUGACCCUGAUGUCUAUCAAAAAGAAGACUUCAAAGAAGGGUGGACCUUCCAUCGAAGGCAGAAACUUAGGUAUUUAGUGUAAUAACAUGUAAAUUAGACAA